ACCUCCUCCCUCCCUCGCUCCCUCUAUUCAUCCGAGAUCCACAAGACAAGCCUGUGCAGUGGAGCACAUGCUAUUGAUAAGAAGCAGCUUGUUCUGGUGAGGGAAGUUCGUGACCACCUCGUGUUGGAAUCCCCCCCGCAACCCUGUCCCCUCGCUCCCUCGCUCCCUUCCUUCCUUCCCUUGCCAAUCCUCCCCCCUUGCCUGCCCUCCCCACUGCUGCCCUGUCCUGCCCUGCCGAGCGAUCGACGACACGAGCUCCCGCACGCAUCGACGAGCGAGCGACCGAGUAUCAGAGUGAACGAGGGCUCAUGAGCGCGAGAGAGGUAGGCCGGUCAGAGAGCGCAAGUCAGUCGCCCGAGCAUUCGAUUCGGAGCGACGCACGAGGAAGAGGAGCGGCAGAGCGAGCGAGCGUCUGACCUGCAGGGCUGAGGAACGCAUCAUAAUCUGGUCGUCGUGAGACGCCGGCGCCAGCAUCAACAGCAUCACUAGCAUCAGCAGCAGCAGCAGCAGCGAGCGAGGAAGGAAGGAAGGAAGGAGAAAGAAAGGCAACAGAGGAGAUCGAAUUCCGGAGGCCGGGAGAUUGUGGGACUGUAUGGGAAUAGAUUCCAUGUUUGAAAUCGAAGACUCUCCAUCGCCGCCGCUGGAGUGGACGCUGAACCCGAGCCGGAGCCGCAGAAGAGCCAGUGCUGCCGCAGUGCAUGUCCAAUAGGUUGCAAGCGCGAGCGAGAACGAGAACGAGACCGAGACCGAGAGCACAAGCGGUCGGUCGGUCGUUCUAUCGAGCGGUGCGCUGCGCUUCCCGCCCGCCGCGUAGAUCAGAUCCAUGAGAUGACACAGAGAUGGAGACCCGUGGAGGAGUCGCUGAGUGCGGGAACCGACUCAAGGGCGUGAAGGCCAGAGGCUCUGUCCAUCUCUCCAUCCCCGUGGCGCUGGUCGAAGGAGGCGAGGUGAAGUGAGUCGAGACGAGACGAGACAAAACAGAACGCAACGCAUGCAGAGCAAACCGAGAGCAGAGCAGAACAGAGCAGAUGACAUGAUUUGAGAUGACAUGAGAGGAGAGGAGAUGCGAGGUGAGAUGAGGUGAGAUGAGUAUGCGAUGAGAUGAGCUGAGAUGAUGGCACGAGGGACUGCUUACAGAGGGGCUCGGUCGAGAGCACCGUGAUGACAGAUCGCGAGGAGGGAGGGAGAGGAGGAGGAGGAGGAGGAGGGCUGGAACCCAAUGGUGGAAACAAAGGCAUGUGUCGGGACUGACUGCGGGAAAGUGAAGAGGGUCUGAUGAUGGGAGGCAGGUAUCUGUCUAAGGAGGUGAUGUGCAGAAUUCUGGGGAGAUUACCGGCGCGUAGUUUUCUUCGGCUCAGGUGUGUGUGCAAACGGUGGUAUUCCAUUAUGGAGGACGCCGACUUCAAAGCCAUUUGCGCAUCCAUCGAGUUCCAGACCUCGACCCUGUGCGUCGCGGACAAGGCCCCCUUCCUGCUCUGGGAAUCUGCCAAGGAUGCAGCCAAGCCCCUGCUGGCCUUCGACCUCCUGGCCCGCAAAUGGCGUCGCUUCCCGCUGCUCGAAGGGCCCUGGACCAAGCUCACGGUGCUGUCCAGCACUCGGGGCCUGCUGCUGGCCAGCGAGACGAACGAGGCCGGCGACAGCGACUACCUCACAUUGAACCCUCUGACGACGUCGCAGCGCAAAUUGCCCCCCAUGAUCGAGCUCAACAACCUCAAAUUCAAUGUGCGCCAAAUUGUCAUGGACGGCGUGGUGGAGGGCAAGUACUUCGUCAUCGCUGAGGAGCUGCAGUCGAAGAAGCGCGGCCGGGGCGAGAACACGGCCCCCACCGCUCCCAGGCUGCAAAUUUACGACUCGAGCACCAAUGCGUGGCAGCUGGCGGGCGACCUGCGGCCCGGGCUCAGCUUCAAGCACGCUGUGUCCAUGAAAGGAUCGCUGCUCUGUCUGGCCACGAGCGGCAAGGAGGGCUCGGACGUGAAGAGCGUGCAGGUGUUCAAGUUCGACGGGGCCUGCACAUGGGCCGAGCUGCAGACGGAGCUGCCUGUGUGCAUCGGGCCUCCCAAUCGCCGCUGGACGCCUCGCCUCUUCGACUACCAGGGCCGCCUGAUGCUGGCGGGCGAGAGCGCAGCGCAGGCCAACAACAAGGCCGUGUGCGUGUGGCAAUUGGACGACGAGCGGAUGGAGUGGGUGCAGGUGCAGAGCAUGCCCAAGGUGCUGUACGACGAGCUGGUCGGGGCGAACGAGUUCAUGACGUGCGAGAAUUUCCUCUGCAUGCAUCCGGCUCGCGAGGAGAGGAACAAGACCAUUCUGUGCAACCUGACCACGGGCGACUGGCAGAUUUUGCCCUACAAAACCCCCCGCAUGACCGAGCGCCUGCGCACCGCCUUCAUCCACGACAACUUUUGUUUCUACGAGCCUAGAGUAGGUGCCAUAGCUUGAUUCUUGGGAGCACUCCCUCGCAUAUCUCGAGGUAAGCACGACAAACUUGAGCGACCACUGUGAACUUGUUGUGCCCCCGAUCACUUGCAAAGUCCCGAGCACAGAACUCCCCAAUGGUCAUUAUCAUACUGCCGAUCGUCGUCGUUGCCAUCACCACGUCGAAUGAGCGACCACCACGACGAUCGACAUCCGUGCCUGUGGACACAUCCCCAUCACGGGGAUUCUCCCGUCACUUUCUCCGACGAAAUGAUCGAUCGAUUUACGUGCAGGAAAGGUUUAGAGUUAGUGGCCGAAGAGAGCCCAAGGCUGCUUCUUCGGUCGGACCUAGGACAGGAAGGUGAAUCCCGAUCCGGUCCUCCCUUUUUUUGGACUUGGUGGUUGUAAGAGCAACACCUCGAAUUCUCCAAGUAGUUAUUUUUACGUGGAAGCGUUUUGAAACUUGGUGAAACUUCCUGUUGUCAUGCAUUGUCGCUGUCUCCCCAUCACUUCACCCCCAGGGCAUCGUCGCUUUGUUUAAUUGUACAUACACUCGAACCCCUAGUUCUCUGCCUGUUAUCUGGUCUUGAGCGUCAAAGCGUUGUCAGCAGGACGUCGGCGACCCUACAUAGGCUUGAUGUGGGUUGAUCCUGGUACCUAGACGCUGUAAAAUUUCAAAUGCCAGGGAGCUAAAAAUUACAUGUCAUUUACACUGUCGUGGA